GGCAGGGAACGGUCUCACUCCGCAGCCGCCGGCCGCCCCUGCAGACGCUUUAGGCCCUUCCUCCUCCUCCUCCUCCCCGGCUCUCCUCCUCCGCUUAGCGCUCGGCCCAGAUCCGCCCGAGAUGGAAGAAGAAAUCGCCGCCCUGGUCAUCGACAACGGCUCCGGCAUGUGCAAGGCCGGCUUCGCCGGGGACGACGCCCCCCGCGCCGUCUUCCCCUCCAUCGUCGGCCGCCCCCGCCACCAGGGCGUCAUGGUGGGCAUGGGGCAGAAGGACAGCUACGUGGGCGACGAGGCCCAGAGCAAGAGGGGCAUCCUGACGCUGAAGUACCCCAUCGAGCACGGCAUCGUCACCAACUGGGACGACAUGGAGAAGAUCUGGCACCACACCUUCUACAACGAGCUGCGCGUGGCCCCCGAGGAGCACCCCGUCCUGCUGACCGAAGCCCCCCUCAACCCCAAGGCCAACAGAGAGAAGAUGACACAGAUCAUGUUUGAGACGUUCAACACGCCGGCCAUGUACGUGGCGAUCCAGGCGGUGCUGUCCCUGUACGCCUCGGGCCGCACCACGGGCAUCGUGAUGGACUCGGGCGACGGGGUGACCCACACGGUGCCCAUCUACGAGGGCUACGCCCUGCCCCACGCCAUCCUGCGCCUGGACCUGGCGGGCCGCGACCUGACGGACUACCUCAUGAAGAUCCUGACGGAGCGCGGCUACAGCUUCACCACCACGGCCGAGCGGGAGAUCGUGCGGGACAUCAAGGAGAAGCUGUGCUACGUGGCCCUGGACUUCGAGCAGGAGAUGGCCACGGCCGCCUCCUCGUCCUCGCUGGAGAAGAGCUACGAGCUGCCCGACGGCCAGGUCAUCACCAUCGGCAACGAGCGCUUCCGUUGUCCCGAGGCCCUGUUCCAGCCUUCUUUCCUGGGCAUGGAGUCGUGCGGGAUCCACGAGACCACCUUCAACUCCAUCAUGAAGUGCGACGUGGACAUCCGGAAGGACCUGUACGCCAACACCGUGCUGUCGGGCGGGACCACCAUGUACCCCGGCAUCGCCGACCGCAUGCAGAAAGAGAUCACGGCCCUGGCCCCCAGCACGAUGAAGAUCAAGAUCAUCGCCCCCCCUGAGCGCAAAUACUCGGUGUGGAUCGGCGGCUCCAUCCUGGCCUCCCUGUCCACGUUCCAGCAGAUGUGGAUCAGCAAGCAGGAGUACGACGAGUCCGGCCCCUCCAUCGUCCACCGGAAAUGCUUCUAAGCGGAGCCUCUCCCGCACGUCGGUCCCGUGUCCCGCCCCCUCCCUGCCCCUCCCUCCCCCCCCCAAAUCCGCCGGUAUCGAUCGUCCUCACCCCCGUCCCUCCCACCCCGGCAAAUGCAUACACCUCAUGCUAGCCUCGUGAAACUGGAAUAAGCCUUCUCUCCAAACAAAGCCCACCCCGCGGGGAAGUCUGCCCAGCCGGCGCUAGGCCCAAGCCAGCAUCGUUCCGCUGGUUGACCGAUCUCUUUUUUUUUUUUUCUUUGUCUUUUCCUUUUUUUUUUUUAUUAUUUUUGCCCCCCUCCUCCCGGUAUCAAAGUUCGGUCGUCAUCCCUCCCCGUCUCCACCCGUCCCCCCCCCUUGAACCGGGCUCACGGUUAGCCUGAAAGAUGCCCCCUUGCCAAAGGCAAGGCGGCCGCUAUCACGGGGGCUCGGCGGGCAGCCGUAUUAGUAAAAAAAUGAAAAGGCCUCACGGGUGGGUUUCCCUGCUUAUCCUGGGGGUUCUCCGGGGGGGGUCCCCUCUCCCCCAAGCCCGGAGCCGCCCGGCCCGCUCCGGUGUCGGAGCGGGAGGGUCGUCGACGGAGCGCUAACUAUUCCAGAGGCUGGCGGGAGAGCACGAAAGGGCCUGUCCCUGCCCAUCUCUGCCCCAGCAGGGUCGAAGGGGCCGAUCCCCUCCGAACCUUAGAAACCCAAGUUUGGUUUCCUCGUCCUUGGCCGCGCCCCUGCACCCAUCGGAAGUUUAGUGGGGAAAAUGCCACAAACACACACAUACACAAAACCACACGGGGCUGAGUCACUCAACUUGAGUUGCAAAAAGAAAAAGCGUCGGCAUCUACACACCUGUAAAUUUCUGCAUCGUUUAAUUUAUGUAAGAUUUUUGUACGUUGCCUUAAUGUUCUCACAUGACAGUAGAAAACAAAAACCAAAAUUUGUAUGUCAUCCUAAAGUUGAGAAUUGUAUCGCCCAGGGAGUCAUGGUGUAAGGAGAAAAAUAAAAUCGAAGAGAAACAAACAAACAAAAAAAA